AUGAGACAAGAUGCCAAGUAUUCCAAAAUUAUUUCUACUUCUGAUGCCUCCGUUCAAUCAAUCUUCGACAAAGGCCUUGCUUUGACUGAUAACCUUGGAAUUCUUUUACAUCAAUUCGCACAUUUGCUGCAGUGUUCUAGAGAUGAGUCAGAGAAUUUGGCCCUUGUCAACGAGUUAACAAGUCAUAUUAUGGGUGCCAUUCAGGAGGAGAUAUCGAAUCAGCAAUCAGCCUUCUGCGGAUAUAUAGAUGCAAUUCUCGGCCAGAUAGUUUAUUUUCUUCAGUGCUUUCUUGAACCAGUUCCACCUCCUGAGUGUCUUGCCUCCUUCAUUCGAGCUCCGUCUCAGCCACACUUUCCUACUUUCUCCAGCCCCCGAACCGGUGACUUACUUGAUUAUAGCUUCGAAGCUACAUUAGUACGUCUCUCCAAACUUGCUGCAUGGAUCCGCCAAUCCGUGCCUCAUUCGUCUCCUGCUGAGAAUGGCCUACAUUCCAGAACUAAUUGCAUACAAGAGGCAGGCACUUCGCUCGAAUCAAUGCAAUCUGCAGGGCCCAUAUCGAAUCUCAGCCUCUCAGCUGGCAACAAUGAACAGAUAGGUGACAUACUUUCUGAUCGAAAUUCUCCUGAAACAUGCAAAGAAGCAAUUAGUCCUUUCGCUAUGUCUGCCCCCAUAGCUGGAAAACUAGGGCCGAACGCUGUUCCGGAUGUACAGCUCAGUUCUUUGGAAGUGAUGGAGCAACUCAAAGGUAGAUUAUGA